UCAGAAAUCGAAGGCCGUGCUAGGGGUAAUGGUGGAACACUGCUCAGGAAGCCGCCUGCGUGGGUUGGUUCCGCGUGGUGAUCAGUCAGAUAAAGGAAGAAAUGGAGGUGAUGACUGAGAAACAGAGAGAUACUAAGUAUUUCUGGAACAAUACUCCUGAAAAAAGUGAUUAUGAGGCUGUAGAAGCCCUUAUUUCUAUGAGUUGCAACUGGAAAUCAGACUUCAAAAGACAUGCAGAAAUGAGACCCAUAACUCCAGCUUCUGAUAUGUCAGAAGAGAGUGAUGAGACUUUGCUUCCUGGAGCAGCGGACUUUAAUGCGAUACCAGCAUUUUGCCUGACCCCCCCCUACAGCCCUUCCGACUUGGAGAUGUCGCAGGCGGUCCAUCCCGCAGCACUCAGCAAGUCCCUGGCGGAGGCUGCCAAGCCUCCUCUGGCCGGACCUCGGAGAGAGGCGGAGAGGCCUCCAGCGGCCCGGCCUCUGAAAGCUCAAGCGACGAGUGUUAUCCGCCACACGGCUGACGCCCAGCUUUGUAAUCGCAAAACCUGCCCGGUGAGAACAGCCAGCGUGCUGAAAUACCAGGACAGCAUUUCGAGGGAAACAAACAGUAAAGAAGAUGCCGAAGCGGAACGUCCGGCGCAUUCUGCUGCGGCGCCAAGCAGAGCCGGUGAUGAGAGUGGCGAGCGGCCAGCGGCAGAAGGGAAAACUGCAGAACCGGCUGUCAGUCCGGUGCCCUUGAGCAAGCCCUCGGUCAGCAGACAUCAGCCUGUCCCUGGCUCAGCACAGCAUUCGGCGGCAGUGGCACCGCCGUGCCCUGCCCAAGGCAGCGGAGCCCCCCCCGUGCCAGUGAUUUGCCAGAUGGUCCCGCUGCCCCCAAACAACAACGUCGUCACAGCUGUAGUGCCCAACACUGCACCAAGCCAGCAGCCGGCUCUCUGUCAGCCUAUGGUCUUCAUGGGCCCCCAAGUUCCCAAAGGUGCUGUCAUGUUUGUCGUGCCCCAGCCGGUCGUGCAGAGCACAAAGGCUCCCAUUAUCAGUCCGAAUGGCACGAGACUCUCUCCCAUUGCCCCUGCUCCCGGCUUCGUACCUUCUGCAGCGAAAACCACUCCUUCGGUUGAUUCUUCAAGAAUAAGAAGUCACAUUUGCAGCUACCCAGGAUGUGGGAAGACGUACUUCAAGAGCUCCCAUUUGAAGGCCCACGUCAGAACACACACAGGAGAAAAGCCGUUUAGUUGUAGUUGGAAAGGCUGUGAAAGAAGGUUUGCACGGUCUGAUGAACUGUCUCGCCAUCGCAGAACGCAUACCGGCGAGAAGAAGUUUGCCUGCCCGAUGUGCGAGCGGCGGUUCAUGAGGAGUGACCACUUAACGAAGCACGCGCGUCGCCACUUGUCAGCAAAGAAGCUGCCAAACUGGCAAAUGGAAGUGAGCAAGUUAAACGAUAUUGCCCUGCCACCAACGCCUGCGACCGCGCAGUGAGAGGACCCGUUCUGAAGAACGGUGGAAUUAACUGUUGUCGCUGGGAUGUGCCAGCUAAAAAAAGGCUUUUGCUCCCGGUCUGUGGUUCUCCGGCGCCGGCUGCUGACGGCAGCGCAGCAGAGAGGCAAAGGCAGCCUGGGCUCGGUCACAGAAAAACCUUGCUGGGAGAACCGGUGGCUGGCUGGAAUAGCAGGUGUCUUUUGCACUGGUAACGAGAGAGAGGGAGAAAGGGAAGGUUCUAGAGCAGCGCAGCACACACUGUGCCAGUUCUGAAUUUUUUGCAAAUUGUUCGUAUAUAUACUCUAGCUCAGGCACGCCUAAGUGGUACUGAAGGUUUGCUGCUGACGCUUGAGACCAGCUCCCACUUUAACUUUCAGUUGUCAACCUUCCGUACGGCACAGACCAGGGAGACGGCAAUGUACGGGCGCGGGCUCGAAAGCCCGGAACGCACCUGCGUAAGAUAAUCUAAAUCGGUUUUCGUACUUCUGCCACCUUUUCUCGGUAGGAACCUUUUCCUCCUAUCUGUUCUCCGGCCCAGUCAUAAGCAAUGAUUUGGUGCCAAGCUCCUGGAGAUUUUAGACCUGUCCUCCUGUGCGGGGUGUUCAACACGCCUGGCUUUAUACUGCGGUCCCUCCCGGGGGGGCGUGGGGUGGGUGGCAAGGGGCACCGCGUGGGCAGUCAGAGGGUCGGGACGGUUCUGAAACCCUCGUUAGCUUUGUAAUAUUUCCCCGGCUGCUUUGGCAAGUUUUGUGAUUAUUACAAUUGGUUGUAGCCGGGCACCGUACGACGCUUCUGCUUUUGUGUUGCUCAUGGUUUCCUUGGUCCCUUCUCACAGUUCUGUGCCGCUGCGUUCUUCAUAAACAGAUACGGUGCACUUUUAAGCGAAACAUGAACUGUAAACUAACUGUAAACUGCUCGGGUUGAUUAAGGAAGAAAACCAAGAAUCUUAGGCUUCUACGCCGCGGUAUGCUUUGAAGGACCUUUUAUACUAAAGACGAAAUGGGUAUAUUAUGUCUUGUAUCAAAUGAGAAAGUUGUGAUUCGAAAAGUGAAACGAGGCAGUAAGGACACCGGCCUAGAACUUAAACUGUAGCUUUUGUGACAAAUAAUGCAUCAACUUUCGCUAUUUCUAUUUUAUCAUAUUAUGUUGAGGACACAUAUCAGGCAGUGAACAGUUUGAAAAUAGUGUGUUAGAUACGCUUUUUGUGACUACUUUAAA